AUGCUUAAGGAGCUCCCAAGCCUCGGGACCGCCACCAUCAUCACUUCGCGCAUCAUUUCUACAUCGGAGUCGCGCAUCCCGCGACCGAAGAAGUUUCAGGCCUCAAAAUUUGGCAAGCAGCGUGCCGCCCCUCUGAUGGCAAAAUUCGCCAAGGCGGCAGAGCAUUCGACGUGGAGAGGACGACUUCUCAAGGUCACGUGGGCGGAAGGAGGACUGGAGUGCUCGGCCGCACAGUGGAAGAGUAUCGCGGGAUUCCUUACGCGCGGCCGCCUACUGGGACGGCUACGGUUUCGCCCGCCCGAAGCGCUAAAAAGCUGGGACGGCAUCUUAGACGCCACAACUAGAAGGACUGCCUGCCCACAAGUCGCAAUUAGUCCCCUGUUGGAUAGCGGCGUAGUGUACACCGAGGACUGCCUACAUCUGAACGUAUGGACCCCCGCGGCACGCUACCGAACUCCCGCUCCCGUACUCGUGGUAAUCCACGGCGGAGGCUUCUCCCAAGGCUCCGCGGGCGUCGAGGUCUUCAACGGCGCGAUCUUGGCCGCCAGGACCGGCUUCGUCGUCGUGUCCUUCAACUACAGGCUCGGCAUUCUGGGAUUCCUGGACGCCAACUCAACGGAUGCGCCCGGGAACGUGGGUCUGAUGGACCAGAACUUGGCGCUUCAGUGGAUACAGGAACACAUUCACAACUUCAGGGGCGACCCGUCGAAAGUGACCAUCGUCGGCGUGAACGCGGGAGGUAUCAGUGCACACGCUCACGUAAUCUCGCCGAUGAGCAGAGGGCUCUUUCAAAGAGCAUGCCUUAUGAGCGGAACGUUCAACAGCCCAGAUUUUGUCGACCAUGCGAGCGACAGCGUGAGAAAAGGGAACGUCGUGGCAAGGGCCGUUGGUUGCGCCGACGGUAACACCACCUUGGCCUCAAACCCGGUAUCGGUAUUGGCGUGCCUGCGAAGCAAAAGCUCCGACAAGCUCGUGCAUGCGGCAACCGAAAGUUUCAAGCCCAAGAUAUUCCCAUUCUUGCCGACGUACCCAAACCAGUUCAUGCCCAAAGAUCCGGCUCUAGCGGUAAGAGAAGGCUUGUUCAAUCCGGCCGACUUGAUAGUCGGAGGGACCACGGAUGAAGGAGCGAUGGCACUGCUGUACCCACACCGAGAGGAACUGUUGCUGGAGAAGGUCGAAGGUCUGGACGAGAAAGGCUUUGAUAGGUCUCUGCGCGAGACUAUCUCCUCCUGGCUGAAGAACAACUCCUCGAAGAACCUCGCAACCUACACUGCCAAGGCGAGAGACAAGGCUGCCCUGAGACGCGCUUACGUGGACUAUCUCUCGGACAGGACGUUCGUGUGCCCGAAGCACUUCACGGCCGAGGGUCAUUCCAAGCACGGCCGUUCCGUGUACACCUACGUAUUUGCCUACCGAUCGGCAGACAGUCUCUUGCCCACUUGGAUGGGCACGCCGCAUGGCUGGGACUUGGCCUAUAUUUUCGGCUUGCCGCUCAUUCAACGGAAGCGGUAUGACCUCAAUGACGCCGCCAUGUCCGAUGUUUUCAUGAUGAUGUUCUCGACGUUUGCUUCCACGGGGGUGCCCCAGCUACCGAUGGGGAAGCAGUGGCCAAAGUACAGCGCGGAUAACCCUGUUUCCGUGUACUUCGACAAAGAGAACAUCACAAGCGUCGUUGGUUUUCGCAAGCAAUACUGCAACGUGUGGACACCCGACGCGCAAAAUUAG